CAGUAACUUCACCCUUACCUUCCUUCCUCUUGUAACAUAUACUCAAAGGCACGUUCAUCCCUGUCUGCACCGAUAAAUGCUAGGGCAGAAUCUCAAGCAAUCGUGGCACCGAGGCUUGACAGUCUCCUAUAGUUAAUGUGGCGAAACCUGUAGGUGUCCAACCUUAUUAGUCAUCGUCAAGGACACGUUGACCGGGCUCGGACUCAGAGCGUCUGAUCUGCGGACCUUGCUGCUUUACAGCAUGCAGGGAUGCCGAAAGGCAUCUGAUCCAUCUGAAUAACGAAACUGAGAGAGCGAUGGGUAAUCCCACAUAGAACUCAUCACUUGAAGAAAUCUUACGGUUUGCGCUACUCGCAUACACAGCCAAGGUUCUUGAUUAUAACAGGCACCGCCUUACUUGGGUGAGCUCCAUCACUUGCGACGGGCAAAACUGUAUUAAACGCAUACAGAUCGUCGCAUCCUGCCUUCAGGCACCACAGAUUAUAGUUCUAGGGUGAGUCGGCCGAAGCGCCAUGAACGGCUGCCACUUUGAAAAAGCUUGCGGCGGCGCCGUGCAAUAUGGAAUGCUUCCUGCUUUCCAGACCCGGACUCUGUAAAUAAGCCGUGACCCUGUGCAGUUGUAUCUCGAGAUGACGGACCUUGUGUAGGGCGUAGUGUCAGAGGCUUACGACCUCUUGCUGGACGGUUACGUCUUGCCACUACCCAUGUUGGCUCGGCCAGGGAACGAGCCAGUAACGCCGGCUCGUAGAUGGUUACUAGGACUGCAAAUGCUUAGCGAUGCGGCAUGGCGGCUUAUGGCGGUGCCUUGGAGAUUGCCCGGAGAGCUCUGUCUCAACACAGGUGUCAUACAUAUCCUGUGUGUCUCUUCCAACGUAAUGCCACACGAUGCGCAAUGCUCUCAUUGGCUGAAAGCAUCCAAUCCUGGGUGUGUCCGCACCAUUCCCCCGCGUCUUCGGAGGCUCCGUCAGCAUUUGUCAGAUGAUCACUUAUUCAACAACGCUCGUAUCACAGCGAGAACGUCAGCGCGAGAUGGGGACGUACAGAUUGCCUGGCUGAACGUACGGCGAUGCUGUGCCCGCAUCAGGCCGCAUUGUGCUACGCGUCGACUCCGCUCCAGUGAAGGUGACAUCGGGAGGGGGCUAUGGCUGAAUGAUUCUUGAGGUUGCGAAGCGGCUAGCGGACCAGGGUCCAAGAGAGUUAGCCUUCAGAGGAACAAAGGUGUGUGGAUUGGAUUACGCCGUCGACGGUCUGGAUCCAGCUCUGAGAGCCUUUCGAUAUGAAUUCCGUUGGGAGAGCUUAUUGACCCGACAAAUUUCCAAGAGGAUGAAUUUUAGGGUUGUACCUCUCUGUCGCUCAUAUGUCUAGUAUGCGAUCUCUCCGCAGAUUUGCCAGUUUCCCGGUUAUUUUUAUAACAAGAAACCCGUAUUAUCAACGGCACGGCUAGUUGUCUGACUGCGGAUGAUGGUCGCAUGGGGGCUUCCUAGACAGCAGCCAGGUGCCAUACGGGGGCACACGCCCUGCGGAGGUCCCAGAUAUAA